UCAUGGCCUCUUGGGGAUCACGGAUUUAAGCUCAGAGCUAGAGCAGUGGCUCUUUUUAUAGAGCCUCACUCCACCCCACCCCACACCAUAGUAUGCCCACCUAAAUUCCUCUUUACUCAGACUUCCCAAGAGAUAAAGUGGGUUCUCUCUUCCCUGCCUGUAAUACCCCCUCCCUGCAGCUGCUAUGAGUAAGGUCACCAAGUUUGUCUCUACAGGGAGUGGUCUAAAGAGGUUUGGGCUGGGACCCCUCUGGAAGCCGGCACUGGGGUGUCCUCUUGGCAUGUGCCCCAACAAGUUCUCCCCAAGUCUAUCUAAGCUGAGAUCAGUCCUAGAGCCUGUCUGACUUGCCCCCUCUCCCCUCCCUCCUGGGAGCCCGAGUUAGAGCCUGGCUUCAGUGCCCCCUACCACCUGGCCCCCUUAGGGAAAAGAGCAGUACACAAAGCCCCCAGUGUCUGCUGCUGAACUGCCCAGAGGGAGGCUGCGUGAAGAAUGAGGUUCUACUGGAGCCAAAAGAAAGACCAGGCAGGGAAGUGUGGGGGUGUUGGGCCCAGGUACAGCCAGAUCUUCUCCCACAGCUGGGAGGGGCCAAGGGCGGGAGACACCAGCUGGUCUGGUCUGGAAGGGACGUCACCUGACUCACAACUCAGUCUGGUCCUGCACACACCCCCUCCACUGUCCCGGAGAAGCUGGUCCCACACUCAGCAUUGGAUAAAGUUGUACCCACUUUCCAUCUGUCCCAGAGUUGACAACCACAUCAUGUCUGUGAGCAAUGGGAAGAUGGAGUCUUCUCUGGUCCAUGAGAUCCUCAGUCACCUGGGCCUGGCCAACAAGACUGCAGCUUGGGGAACCCUGGGCACUCUCAGGCCCUUUUUGAGCUUCAAUGUGGACAAGGAUGUACAACGACUGCUGGAGGCUAUUGCAGGCCAAGGUGUGGACCAGGGUACCAUAGUGGAUGUGCUGACUAACCGGAAUGGUGAACAAAGGCAACUUAUUGCCCGAGCCUUCCAGGAUCGUACCCAGCAAGACUUGCUGAAAUCCCUGCAGGCAGCUCUUUCUGGAAGCUUGGAAAAGGUUGUGGUGGCACUGCUGAAGUCUACAGCCCAGUAUGAUGCCCAUGAACUCAGGGCAGCACUGAAGGAUAUAAAUUCUGCUGAAGACGUAGGAGUGGAAAUCCUUUCUACACGUUCCCCACCCCAGCUAAAGGAGUGUCUGACUGUCUACAAACAUGAUUUUCAGGUGGAGAUUGAAGAUGAUAUGAGAUCAGAGACAAGUGGCCUCCUGAGGGACCUGCUGCUAGCACUGGCUAAGGGCACUCGGGAGUCCUAUUCCGGGAUAAAGGAUUACAACCUGGCAGAGCAGGAUGCUCACGCAUUACACGAAGCUGGAGAAACAGGCACAGGGGCAACUUGGAUCAUGAUUUUUACCCAAAGAAAUACUGAACACCUCAACCGAGUGUUUGAUGAGUACCAGAGGCAGAAUGGGCAGGAGAUAGAAGAGGGCAUCCGGAAUUGUUUUCCUGGAAGUGCCCAGAAGGCUCUUCUCACCCUAGCCUCUGUGAUCAGGAACACACCACUGUACUUUGCUGAAAAACUCCACCUGGCUCUCCAGGGAACUGAGCCAAACCACCAAGUCUUGAUGCGUAUCCUCAUCUCUCGAAGUGAGACUGACCUCCUAAGCAUACGGGCAGAAUUCAAGAAGAAGUUUGGAAAGUCCCUCUAUUCAUCUCUCCAGGAGGCCAUGAGAGGGGACUCCCGGUCAGCUUUACUAGCCCUGUGCAGGGCUGAAGACAUGUGACACCCAUCCCCCAGAAUCUUGUGUCUACAACUCCCAUCUACCCCUUCUGUCAUUUCCGUGGAUUAGAGACUUGCAAACCUGGCUGAGCCCUCUAGAGGUCAUCUGGUUUGCCUUCAAACAAGAUGACUCCUCCCUAAAACCAAACAGGAAUCUCUCAUAUACCCCUGUUUCAUCUAUAACCUCUGCUAGGGCCCUACUAAAAAGUUCCCUGUAUCUUAUACCACAA